AUGGCGUGUGAAGAAGAAGAAGAAGAAGAUAGCUUCUGCGAAAAUUAUCUAGUCAUUAAACCUGAAAAGGCCAGUUGGUUGGACUUGUUCAGAAUAUUGUUUUCGAGCAACUUAGAACGAAGGGAUUUUUUCGAUUGCCCGGAAGAAGGUGUGUUGAGCCGUUUCGGCCAUAGAUGGAUUGUUUUCAUCUCUGUACUUGUUCAGAAAGUGCUGCUUUUUAUGAAAAUCCCGCUGGCGGCGGUGGGCACGGUGGUGGAGUUUUUUCUGAAUUUACCGGCGGCCAAUGGCGGCUGCCGCCGCCUAUUCUUCAAUCUUUUGACAGGGAGGGUUGUGAUACCAGAUAAAACAUCAGCAACAUUUAAAUCAACGGCUGCAAAUGUGGAUACAAGAUUGGAAUUAGACACAAAUAUUGCAAUUGAGAGCAAUAAAUACAACGCAGCCCUGGCGAUGAUGGCAUCAAAACUAUCCUACGAAAAUAAAUCAUUUAUUCGAAAUGUUAUCACGAAUCAUUGGCGGAUGGAAUUCAUCCAGUUCUACAACUUCUGGAAUGAUUACCAGCAAACAAAGACGACGAACGCGAUGAUUUUUCAGAACAGAAAUGUGGAGCCCAACCUGAUCACAGUGGCAUUCAGGGGCACCGAGCCUUUCAACACCGACGACUGGCGCACGGACGUCGACAUCUCGUGGUACGAGUUCAAGGGAGUAGGCAAAAUCCAUGGCGGCUUCAUGAAAGCCUUGGGCCUCCAGAAAUGCACGGGCUGGCCCAAGGAAAUACCCACUGGGCCGGCCCAGAAGUCCUACGCCUACUAUACCAUCCGCGAGAGACUGAGAACGUUGUUGAAUGAAAAUGGCGAUGCAAAGAUCAUGGUGACGGGACACAGCUUGGGUGGGGCGUUAGCAAUUUUGUUCGCAGGCGUUUUGGCUAUACACGACGAGGAGCUUUUGUUGAGCAGAAUGGAAGGUGUUUACACGUUCGGGCAGCCGAGAGUGGGGAACGAGCAAUUCGGGGAGUACAUGAAGGCAAAAUUGAGGGAUUAUGGUGUGAAGUAUUUUAGAUACGUUUAUAGCAAUGACUUAGUGCCCAGGUUGCCUUAUGAUGACAAGGCUUUCAUGUUCAAGCAUUUUGGGCCUUGUCUUUACUUCAACAGCUGCUACAAAGGAUAUGCUUGGGAAGUUACCAUCAUCUGUUUAUCCUGGGAGACCUAA